AGAUAUUUCUAUUCAGUGCUUUACUAAUGUGUCACAAUAAUGUAAUGUUUUUGAGUUCAAAUUCAUUUGGGGACUUUUCCAAGCAAAUAUUGAUAUAUGUGAUUGUUUGCGAUUUAAUCAGCAUGUAUUUCUGCCACUCACCCUCUUUCUACCCCAUGAAUAUUUCUGUGGAUCCGCCUCAGGUCCCGCGUAAUUGUAUAUUGUCUUAACCAGGCUGCCAAGGAGGUAUCGACAGACUGUUGUUUCCCGCGGUGUACGCCGGGUGGCUAAACAAACCAAACCUAUUUUACGCGCAGGUGACCCAGCAGCGUAGAAGUGCGUCACUGGCAAUCUUAUAAAGCGCACAGGUGCCCGCUAAUUGCGCACAUUGCCGAUUAACUGAUGUCUUUGUGUGCUGUGGUUUAAUGCUCUGUGGUUCAGUCGCUGCUUUUCAAUUUGAAGACAUAUUUUCACUGCGAACAUGAGUGCUGGAGGAGGGACCCCUUACAUCGGCAGUAAAAUAAGUUUGAUAUCCAAGGCUCAGAUUCGGUAUGAGGGAAUAUUGUCCUCUGUCGACACUGAUAGGUCCACGGUUGCUUUAGCCAAAGUAAAAUCCUAUGGGACAGAGGACCGGCACACAGACAGACCAGUGCCACCCAAAGAUGAAAUAUAUGAAUAUAUAAUCUUCAGAGGAAGUGACAUCAAAGACAUCACUGUGUCCGAACCACCAAAACCACACCAUGGACUGCCCCGUGACCCCGCUAUUGUACAGUCAUCUGUUGGCAGUUCCUCUGCUGCAUAUCACCCACGCUGGAGUCCAUACAGAGACAUGAUGCCCACCUACAACCAGCUGGCUGCGAGUUCUCUCCUCAACCAGCAGUACAAUGCGGCGUUGGGCUUAGGACUUCACGGCAUCCCAGUCAGAAGAGCUCCCAUGGUCGAGCAGGCCGUCCAGACCGUGCCGUUGGCCAGUGCUGCCCAGAAAAGGGGGAAGACUUCAGCCCAGCCGCAGAACAGACAGCCGGUUCGUCCAACCCAGCGCUCUGGCCGGGGUGGUUCCCAGGUUCAGAAGGAGAACGUACCCACCAGUCGGGCAACAUCUCAGCCCAGUGCAGCCAAGAGUCAAGGCCAAAGCACUGAGAACCAGAAACCAAGGCAAAAGCAAGGCAGUCGCAGGUCCAGGAACAGAAGCAGAGGCCAACUUCUUGUGAAAAACUCGAAGGCCACAACCUUGCAGUUUGAGUCCGAUUUUGAUUUUGAAACUGCAAAUGCUCAGUUUAAAGAUGAUCUCACAAAGGAGGUUGUAGUUGAAAAAGUAGAUUCUGGGGAGGCCCAGGACAGCCAGAGUCUGCAGGAGGAGGAAACUCUAGGAGAUAAAUACUACGACAAAGCCAAAUGCUUCUUUGACAACAUCUCAUCAGACCUUAAGCCCAGGAGAACCACCUGGGCGGAGGAGAAAAAGUUGAACAUGGAAACAUUUGGAGUGCCCGGCCGCUUUCUGAGGGGCAGAGGGUUCAGGGGCCGAGGACGUGGAGGGCAGAGUGCCACAGAGCAGCGACCCCUCCCAAAAAUUGGUAGUGGGAGGGUGUAAAGGCUUUUCUUUGUUAAUAAUUUCUGUAAAUAUUGUAGUUUUCUACUUAUUUAAAAAGUACCUCCCUUUUUUCCCCAUUUGAAGCAAAUGUUUUGUUUUUUUCCUUUAUCCCAAAUAUGCAUUUAGGGAAUUUUGUACUUUGAACCUUAAUAUUAUAUUAAAUGGGAGAGUGAUUUCUUUUAAUCAAGCAGCUGUAUGCUAGAAGCACAUUUAUUCAUUGGUAGUCUGGUAAAAUGCAAUGUGGAAUUUGUCUUCAGAACAAGCCAGCAAACAAGAUAUUAUUUUUUUGGGUUUUUUUUUUUUGCUUAAUGUACUAAAUUCUUGUCUACUUGACUGUCCAAAUGUAACUCGGAAUUGCUUUUGUAGGACAGCUGUACUUAUUUUUAUUUAUUUUUUUCCCCCUACUUGUAAAAAGAAAACUGUGGAGGACUUUGUAACAGUUGCUAUUAAAUAACAUGACUGAAAAA